AAGCCCAGCGUAGCCACUGCCGCCGCCCGCGGAGCCCGGAGUGUAGCGGAGAGGCGGCGAUGGAGGGAGUCAGCAGCCACCGAACCCUAUCCUACAGCCGCUGGAGCUACGACAGUGUCUUAGAUGAUGAGGGCAGCAACCUGAGGCAGCAGAAGCUUGACCGGCAGCGGGCCCUGCUGGAGCAGAAGCAGAAGAAGAAGCGCCAGGAGCCCCUGAUGGUGCAGGCCAAUGCCGAUGGGCGGCCCCGCGGCCGGCGGGCCCGGCAGUCGGAGGAGCAGGCCCCCCUGGUGGAGUCCUACCUCAGUGGCAGCACCAGCUACCAAGUUCAAGAGGCCGACUCACUCACCACCGUGCAGCUGGGAGCUGCUCACCCAUCAGCACCAGCCUCAGCCAAGAGAACCAAGGCAGCAGCUGCAGCAGGGGGCCAGGGUGGGGCCUCCAGGAAGGAGAAGAAGGGGAGGCAUAAAGGCACUGGCGGGCCAGAGGCACUGGCAGAAGACAAGUCCGAGGCCCGAGGCCCGGUGCAGAUCUUGACUGUGGGCCAGUCGGACCGUGCCCAGGACGCAGGGGAGACGGCGGCUGGUGGGGGCACACAGCCCAGCGGGCAGGAACUCCGAGCCGCGAUGCAGAGGAAGGGCAUGUCCAGCAGCAUGAGCUUUGACGAGGAAGAGGAGGAUGAGGAAGAGAACAGCUCCAGCUCCUCCCAGCUGAACAGCAACACGCGCCCCAGCUCCGCCACUAGCAGGAAGUCCAACAGGGAGGCUGCCUCAGCCCCCAGCCCGACAGCCCCAGAGCCGUCGGCGGAUGUCGAGGUCCAGGACCUUGAGGAGUUUGCACUGAGGCCAGCCCCCCAGGGGAUCACCAUCAAGUGCCGUAUCACGCGGGACAAGAAGGGGAUGGAUCGGGGGAUGUACCCCACCUACUUUCUGCACCUGGACCGUGAGGAUGGCAAGAAGGUGUUCCUCCUGGCGGGAAGGAAGAGAAAGAAGAGUAAAACAUCCAAUUACCUCAUCUCCGUGGACCCAACAGACUUGUCUAGAGGAGGCGACAGCUACAUCGGCAAACUGCGGUCCAACCUCAUGGGCACCAAGUUCACGGUUUAUGACAAUGGCGUCAACCCUCAGAAGGCAUCUUCCUCUACUUUGGAAAGCGGGACCUUGCGUCAGGAAUUGGCAGCUGUCUGCUAUGAGACCAAUGUCUUAGGCUUCAAGGGGCCGCGGAAGAUGAGUGUGAUUGUCCCGGGCAUGAACAUGGUCCAUGAGAGAGUCUCUAUCCGCCCCCGCAACGAGCAUGAGACGCUGCUAGCCCGCUGGCAGAAUAAGAACACAGAGAGCAUCAUCGAGCUGCAAAACAAGACACCGGUCUGGAACGACGACACCCAGUCCUACGUGCUCAACUUCCACGGGCGCGUCACUCAGGCCUCCGUGAAGAACUUCCAGAUCAUCCAUGGCAAUGACCCGGACUACAUCGUGAUGCAGUUUGGCCGGGUCGCGGAGGACGUGUUCACCAUGGAUUACAACUACCCACUGUGUGCACUGCAGGCCUUUGCCAUUGCCCUGUCCAGCUUCGACAGCAAGCUGGCCUGCGAGUAGAGGCCUCCUCGUGCCCCUCGGGGUUGCCCAGCCUGGAGUGGCGCCGCUGCCUGCCGUGGAGACAGCCCUGCCUGCUCUCUGUACAUAGGCCUCCUGCCAGACUAGCCUCUGGCUCUCAGUGGGCUCCCUGGCCCAGCCAGCCAGGACCUGGCCCCUCAGUCUUCUCUUCCAAGGCAGAGGAGGCAGUGGGUGUGUGUGAGGAGGGACCAGAGUGUAUUAUUUCUGAGCCCCAAGGUCCACACACACCCACAUUCAGGUUGGUCCUGCUGCAGUGGUGUUUGCCAUGGGGGUGACCCCUUCAAUAGGGAAGGCAGGAAGAGGCGUAGUGGGAGAGGAAGCACAAUGCAGGGUUGCGGGCCCACCUUCCUUGCAGCCCAGGAGUCGGAAGGCGGCAGGACCCCACAGCGAGGGCGCAGUGAGUGCGUGUCCAUGUGGGGGUAUGGCGACCCGACCCGGCAAAGUGCGUGCUGACCAGGCUGGCCCUUCCAGCUGCAGAAAGUUCUCCAACUCCAGAAAACCUUAGCCCAAACUGGGAAAGGUUAUGGGGG